ACGAGGCUCUGUUUCAUCACCGGGACCGUCCUGCCUGCUGCUCCAGUGUCGCUUGCCGCCUCAGCGGGCAUGCUGGAACCACUCAGGUCGCGCGGACACACCCCAGGCCGCGGCCGCUGUCCCUUAGGGUUCAGGACGCCGCCAUGCGCCGAGCCCCGCUCAGCGACAGCCUCUGUCGCCUGUCGGCCUACCUGGAAGAGCUGGAGGCCGCGGAGCUGAAGAAGUUCAAGCUGCACCUGAGCGCGCUGCCGGGGGCCGAGGCGGGCCGGAUCCCCUGGGGGCGGCUGGAGGCCGCGGGGCCGCUGGACACGGCACGGCUGCUGGUGGCGCACUGCGGGCCCCGCGCGGCCUGGCCGCUGGCGCUGGGCCUCUUCCGGCGCAUCGACCGGCGGGACCUGUGGGAGAGAGGACACGGCGAGGACCCGGCCAGGGACGCUCCACCUGACGGCCCGUCCUCACUGAGGAGUGAGUCAGCAUGUUCUCUGGAAGUCUUUCCUGGAACUCCAAGGAAAGAUCCCCGGGAAACCUACAAGGACCAUGUCCGCAGGAAGUUCCGGCUGAUGGAAGAUCGAAACGCGCGCCUCGGGGAGUGCGUCAACCUGAGCCGCAGGUACACGCGCCUCCUCCUGGUGAAGGAACACUCAACUCCCUUGUGGGCCCAGCAGAAGCUUUUGGACACCGGCUGGGGACAGUCAAGGGCCAUGGGGCCCCAGGCCAGCCUCAUCCAGAUGGAGACGCUCUUCGAGCCGGACGAGGACCGCCCGGAACCCCCGCGCACCGUGGUCCUGCAGGGAGGAGCCGGCAUGGGCAAGUCCAUGCUGGCCCACAAGGCCAUGCUCGACUGGGCCGACGGGAAGCUCUUCCAGGACAGGUUUGAUUACGUCUUCUACAUCAACUGCAGGGAGAUGAACCGCAGUGCCGCGGAGCAGAGCGCCCAGGACCUCAUCUCCAGCUGCUGGCCGGAGCCCAGCGUGCCCCUCCAGGAGAUCGUCCGAGUCCCCGAGCGCCUUCUGUUCAUCAUUGACGGCUUCGAUGAGCUGAAACCCUCUUUCCACGACCCUCAGGGCCCCAGGUGCCUCUCCUGGGAGGACAGGCGGCCCCCCGAGCUUCUCCUCAGCAGCCUGCUCCAGAAGAAGCUGCUGCCUGAGCUGUCGGUGAUCAUCACCACCCGGCCCACGGCUCUGGAGAAGCUGCAGCGCUUGCUGGGGCACCCCAGGCACGUGGAGAUUCUGGGCUUCUCGGAGGCCGAGAGGCAGGAGUACUUCUACAAGUAUUUCCACGAUGCGGAGCAGGCCGGUCAGGUCUUCAGUUUCGUGAGGGACAACGAGCCCCUGUUCACGCUGUGCUUUGUCCCCAUGGUGUGCUGGGUGGUGUGCACCUGCCUCAAGCAGCAGCUGGAGGACGGAGGGCUCCUACGGCAGACAUCCAGGACCACCACGGCCGUGUACACGCUCUACCUCCUGAGUCUGAUGCUGCCCGGUGUGGAGAUGCUGUGUCGGGGGCUCCGGCAUCCCAGGUGCAGGCUGCAGGUGGUCCAGUUGAGGAAGUGUCAGCUGGAGGCCAGCGCGUGCCAGGAGAUCGCCUCCGUGCUCAGCACCAGCCGGCACCUGGUGGAGUUGGACCUGGCGGGGAACCCGCUGGAGGAUUUGGGUCUGAGGUUCUUAUGCCAAGGACUGAAGCACCCAGGGUGUAGACUGCGGGUUCUGUGGUUGAAGAUCUGCCAGCUCAGUGCUGCCGCCUGUGAGGACCUCGCCUCCACCCUCAGUGUGAACCGGAGCCUGACGGAGCUGGACCUGAGCCUGAACGACCUGGGGGACCCCGGGGUGCUGCUGCUGUGUGAGGGCCUCAGGCGUCCCCAGUGUAGACUCCAGACCCUCCGGCUGGAUGGCUGUGGCCUCACAGCCACAGCUUGUGAGGACCUUGCUUCUGCCCUGGGCAUCAGCCAGACCCUGACGGAGCUUUAUCUGACCAACAACGCCCUGGGAAACGCGGGGGUCAGGCUGCUGUGCAAAGGGCUGAGUCCUCCUGGCUGCAAACUUCGCGUCCUCUGGUUAUUUGGAAUGGACCUGAACAAGAUGACCCACAGAAGGCUGGACGCGCUUCGCGGCGCCAAACCUCACCUGGACAUUGGCUGCUGAUGCCCACCCCUCCUCAAGACCCUCCCAGCGGGACGGAUCCUGCCUGCCUGGGGUCGGGUCCUCAAGGCCUAGUGGGGCGUGGCGCUUUCAGGGUGGGGGGUGCUAGGGGCAGGGGCAGAACCCGAGGAUUUUGAGCAGGGGUGCUCUUGCCCCCCUGCCCCACCCGGGGACACUUGGCAAUGUCAGGAUUCUCCUAACGCCAGCCCCCUACAGCCAGGCAUGUGGCUGAAAUGGGAUUGUGGCAAAGCGGAGAAGCCUUGUGCUGGAGGAUCAGCAAAGCCAGGAGCGCUAGACCUUCCCGAUCGCAGGCCAGGCCCGCAGCCCCGCGUCCGCGGGCAACUUGUCCCACGCCGCGGAUACCGGCAAGGCCGGAUUGGAGAACCGGAGACUCGGUUCAGGGGAUUGGCCGGCGGCCCGCUCAGGUCAACCACGCAACGCGGAAGUGGAGCCGGAAGUGCGGAAACACAGGAAGUUUGUAGGGAGGGACCCUGGAGCCCAGGAUUCAGACUUCGGAUUAAAAAGUCCCAGGGUCUCCUUAACCCCUGGCUCUUGAAAUCAA